AUGUUGUAGUCGCCUGGUUAAUUCAAGGACCCAUUCAUGCUGCGACUUGACAACUUUUAGAAGAAUAAUAAGAUUUUUAGUAUUGAUGUGAAUAACACUGAGAUAUUCUCCUCAAAUAAUGAUCUCGCUUAAUAGUCAAUUAAUAUAAGUUAAGAGGACUUGAAUAAAAUAGAUGGAGGUGAUGAUGUGGAACCUGGAAAUGUUGAGAUUGUGAAGAAAAUCGAUAGUGAUUCAGAUUAGAGUUACUAUGAUGAUUAAGAUGAUGGAGGAGAAAACCAGAAGGAUUAAAUUAUCAAAGAAGAAGAAUAGGAAGACAGUGAAGAUGGAAAAGACUAGGAUUAAGAUUAGGGCUAAGAUCGUGAUGGAGGUGAAAGCUAGUAUUCUGAUGAUUUCGAGUAGGCUGACUAGAAGAGAACUAAAAAUGAAAAAGAUGAUGAUGCACCUACCAAACCUAAAAUAUAGAGUCCUACAAAGAGUCCAUUUACUAAAUCUCCAAUGGACAGUUAUUAUAGGAUUGGAUCAGGAGAUAGUCAUUUAAAAUAAUAACAAGAUAAGUCCUUCUCUUUGCCUGAUGUUAGAGCUGAGGACAGUGCAAGUUAAUACAAUAAAAUCACGAGCAUCAGUCAACUGAGAAAUAUUCCCUUUGCUUCAAAUCUUGAAAAUGCCAAAAUGUUGGUUUAACUUACAAGAGAGCGUAAUUUCGAGUAUGAGAGGCAGAAGCGAUCAAACAAAUAUCUGAGUUAAACUCUGAAGGUCUUAAAUCUUAACGUUGAUGUCCUGAUUGAACAACAUAACCCGAUAAAAUACAAGAAACUGGCUAAGAGUCGAAUAACCAGACAAGAUCCUAAUCUUAGUUAAGAACAGCAAGAUUAAAUAGACAUCCAAAGAAAAAUAGAGGAGAUUAAGAAUGCAGAUAAGCAUUUAAAGAUGACUGAGAAGGAGUAUAAUUUCCUAGCUAAAAUUGAGGGUCGCAUGAAAGAUUAACACUAUCUUAAUUAACUCUUCGCCAAAGUAGAAGAAAAUAGUUAAGUUGUGGAUUAGAUCAAGAAAGACAAUGAAUUUCUAAGGAAUGAGCAAAGGAAAAAUGAACGGAAGAUAGAUAAAAUGUCCUAACUACAGUAAAAUGAUCCUGAUCAGUAGAUGGGUAGAGAGAUUUAGCAGUUAGAAAUUGAGCUUAAUAUGCUGUAGCAUAGAUUAUCAUUUCUUUAGGAAAAGGAAGUAAAACUUACUCAAAAGGAAACUAAACUAAAGGAGAAGCAAGAGUCUAUGGUCAUUUUAGAAGUAAAGAUGAAAGAUAAGGAGCAAAGAAUGAUUGAUAAGGCAUAGAAGUUGUAUGGGUUAAAUUUCCAGGAUAAGAAUGCAUUGCUGUAGCAAGCUGAAAAUGAAGAGAGGCUAUUGAGAAAGGAAGCUCAUCUCAAGAAAAUCGGCAUAAUUAAAUAGAGUUUAGAAAGUAAUAAGAAAAACUAUCAGACAUAAUUAAAAACUCAUCUCAAAUAAAUGAAGGACCUUGAAAGAUAAAAAGGAUUUCUAUAAUAAUAAUUAGAUGAACUAGAUUCAGAUAUAUAAGUCAGUACAAACGAUUACUAGAAAUAGAUGGAUCAUGAGGAAUUGAAGAUUAAAAGAAGGCAUGAUCUUUAGAUAAAAGAGAAAAACAUUAGAUAGGUAUCAAAAUCAACAGAUUUCACUAAAGGUCUAGAAGAGCAUAAAUUCAUGAUGCAAAUUUCUAACAAUGUUCACUUAGAGGAUAUGAUAUAGAUAGUGCAGACCCCAGUCAGCAGACAUAGUAAUAAAAAUAGCCAUCACACUAAUAAUCGUCCUGUCAACUAGAGUAGCAUAUUAGAUAGACUGGAAAAAGAUUAGAGGUAAAAUUCUUCAAUGAAUUAAAAAUCGAUAUUAAAAACCGAAGAGUUUUACAGGAAUGAAGAUAAUGACGAUAUAAAGACUAUUACGAUUGAUAAGCCUAAGAAAAAUAGUGAAGAAUUCUAGAUGGAUGAAAAUUAAAGUAUUUAUCAUAAGUAGUCACCUACACUAAGAGACAUUAGCAAAGACUAAGAGGAGUUCGAGGAUGAUGGAAGAAGCCCACUUGGCUUUGAAAUUGAAUUGGAAGCAGAUGCCAUUGCUCUUGCAUAGAACAUGAAUAAUUAGGACUUAGAUGUUGACAUGGAUGAACUAAAGAAGAAAAAAAUUCGUUAAAACGAUACUGAUCUUAAUGUUACUUAGAACAAGGGUGCUAGAAAAGAAUUGGACUAGAGUGAUAUCUUAAUGAAAAAGGUGAAACAGCUGGAUGAGAAGAAGAUAGUGAGACCAGAGACUGAUAUUAAGGCGCCACCGUUUGUAGUCUCAAAAUUCAACCAGACUAAUAGAUCGAGCUAUUCAAAAGAUAAUCCUAACUUGCCAAGUGAUAAAAAAUCAGUUAGGUACCAAUCUAAUCCCCGAAGUUCAGUUUAGAAUGAUCUGGUGAUUGAAAAUAAUGUGAUAAAUAUAAACAAAAAGGAAUCCUAGCCGUUAUUGGAUUAAAAUAUGAAAAGUUAGCAUUAACUGUAACAAUAGAUGCAUCAAAGCAAAUAAAGUCUGAAUAAUAGCAGCUAAAAUGACGAUUUUUCAGAAUAUAGAAAAGUUAAAGUAGGAUCUGUAAUGAGUAUUAAAAGUAAACAUGCUCUAUGA